CAUUCCCAGUGACAAAAACUCCGAUCCCAGAUUCUAACUCCGGUACUAACUGCUCAUCAUCUGUUACCUCCCGAAUAGUGAAGAAGAAGAAACCAAAAAGGACAGGACCUGAUGAUUGUACCGUCCAGGAACAGCUGCAGGAGAUUGAGGAGAGGGUUGAGAUUUUUACGGUGGAGGAAUCGAGUGAAGACCAAGAGGAGGAGCUCACUGCCCUAACAGUCAGAGCAAAAAGUAACAGCAGAACCAAAAUGGAAGCUCAUUCACAGAAGAAGCUCGAUGAGGAUGACACUGAGGAUGAAAAGGAGACAGGUGAAGAUGACACUGAGGAUGAAAAGGAGACGGGUGAGGAUGGGAAAGAGACGGAGAAAACUGAGACUGUCUCUCCACAGAUUCACAGCUGUGAACUGCCAGACUCAGCUUCAGGCAAAAGUGAAGAUCCCAGAAGUGAAAGUGUCUCAGUUAAAGUGGGAAACCUGGAGGAAUUUGCUUUCAGACCAGCUCCACAAGGAACGGUUAUAAAAUGUCGGAUCACCAGGGACAAGAAGGGGAUGGACAAGGGAAUGUUUCCAACCUAUUACCUCCAUAUGGAGCGAGAUGAUGGAAAAAAGGUAUUCUUGAUGGCUGGGCGAAAACGCAAAAAGAGCAAAACAUCAAAUUAUCUCAUUUCGACAGACCCAACAAACCUGUCCCGCACUGGAGAGAGCUUUAUCGGGAAGUUGAG